CUUGUUCUUGGCCCAUUGUUGCACGGUAAUGAUCAAGGAACAAGUAUUAUGGUGAUACGGCGUUUUAUGACACACCAGAUGCCAGCGGUACCAAAUGUUGAAAUGCCAUUGGUGGAUGUACGAGAUGUUGCCAGAGCGCACAUCCGUUCGAUGACUGAGCCAAAAUCAGAUGGCCAACGAAUCCUACUCGUCUCACAACCAAGCUUUUCAUUCAUGCAGAUCGCUAAUACGCUACGGCAGGAAUUUGGACCACAAGGUAUUUAG